AGGUCAGCUGGAGUGUCAGAGGAGGUGGCAGCAGAUGAAGAACCCAGAGCUGGUCAAAGGUCCCUGGACUCAGGAGGACGAGAGGCUCAUUGAUCUGGUGCAGAAGUACGGCAUGAAGCGCUGGUCGCUGAUCGCCAAACACCUGCACAGUCGGAACGGGAAGCAGUGCCGGGAGCGCUGGCACAACCACCUGAACCCGGUGGUGAAGAAGAGCAGGACCCUGGAGGAGGACCGUGUCAUCUGUGAGGCGCACAGACUGCUGGGAAACCGCUGGGCCGAAUCCAAGCUGCUGCCCGGCAGGACAGAUAACUCCAUCAAGAACCACUGGAACUCCACCCUGAAGAGGAAGGUGGAGAGGGAGGGAUACCUGCAGGUCCUACACCUCUACAGCUCCUCUAACUCCUCCUCCUCCGUCAGACCGUCACCCAGCAUGGUCGACAUGUCCACAAG